CCCCAACAAGUCGACAACGGGUUGUCACAUCCGCCGUCAUGUCAAUUCUCCCUCUGUGCUUAUAGCAGCUGCGUGGUAGGCAGCCCGGAGGGGGUAGAGAGAGAGAGAGAGAGAGAGAGAGAGAGAGAGAGAGAGACAGAGACAGAGACAGAGAGACAGAGAGAGAGAGAAGGCAGCUUGACCAGUUGAAUUUCUGCCUGAGACACCACUGUUCAAAGGCCCAGGGAGCCCUGCUCUGGGGGCCUAUAGUUAAGCAGCAAAACAGAAGUCGGUCCGCUGUUGUUGAGGGGAAAUCCAGCUCCAAUCUCUCGCGUAAACCGAGGCUUGGCGACGCUUCGGAGAGGAAGGCGGCGGAGGAAGGGCGGGCCCUGCUUGGGCCGCGUGUCUGGAGGUGGAAAGGAGCGACGCCCGACGGGCAACUUUCGCUUCAGUCCCGCGCCGGGAGCAGCUGCAGCCGCUCCGCUCUCUGGCUCGUGGGCCAUGGCUCAGCCGGAGAAAGUACUGCAGGCCAAGAUAGUAAUGGCCGGGGACUCCUACGUGGGGAAAAGCUCGAUCCUGAGGCGAUACACCGAGCUCUGCCCAACCAAGCCGUCUCCGCCCCCUUCCUAUAUCACCACCGUCGGUGAGUAAUCGCUCUUCCGCCUGCAGCUGCCAUUCACUUGCCCGCCUCCUCCGCUUUCCUUUCUUAUCUGCUCCACGUACCAGUUCUGGCUGCUCCCCACCCGCUGCCUGUGGGUUCGAAAAUCAGUUUAUUCCCUCUUAUAAUAAGGCGCGCGCGCACACACAGUCGUCGCGUUGUAGUUUCAUCUAUAAUGUAGCGUGCAGUCUUCCAACUCACACAGAGUUCUGUCAGAAGCUUCCAAGUCUGCUUGAAGAUCUCUGUGAAGCUUGAAAACACUGCGUGGUAAAACUUCGCAGCUAUUAAUGCAAUUCUCAAACCUUUUAUUGGCAUCAUAUACAGACAUCCAUAGCAAAUCAAUACAGAAUUACCGCCUUCCCAGUGACACAAAACAUUUGUCAAAUGAAAGAGGUAAAGCAGUCUAACAUUACAUCUCUAGGUCUCCAGGGAGAUCAGACGUCUGCAAUGUGUUUCGAUGACAAAAAAAAACAGAUAAAGAUAUUUAGCCACUAACUUGGUGAGCUCCUGAUUAUUCCCCAAUAAUAGAAAAUGUAUGACCUCUAACUCUGGUUUCCAUUUGGGGAUGCAGAGUUGAUCUAGGAACUCCUGGCGGAGAUCAACAUAUAGUUUACAUUUAAGAACCAUAUGUGUAAGAGCUUCCACCUGAUGGUCUUCACAAUGGCAAAUUCUUUCUCCUUCCACCAUUCCCGAGAACCUUCCCCAUAGGAGGUUUGAAGGAUUUGAAUUAAACCUGGCCAGUGAAAAUGCCCUUCUUUCUUGAGGAUUAAGCAAAAAUUCAAGAUAAUGGUAGUUAAUUUCAUGUGCCCAAGAAAGUUGAAAGUUAAGAGGGGAACAUGUUUUCUCUGCUGCUGCUGUUCGUUCCUGGCGUUCAGUGUCCCACAACCUAGUUUUUAUUAUAGCCUUGGCAGAUGGUGGGGACAACGAUCGCAAAAAUCCCACUGACAGCCCAAGUUGCUGUACCUUUAUGUUAAACUGUUGUAGCCCUGGGGAAAGAAAGGGAUCUAGCAAAAUUUCACUAAGGAGAGGAUCUUUAUCUGUUGUGAGGCAGAUGUUUAACCAGCAUGUAAGAAAUCUCGCCCAGGCUACAGUCUCUACCUUGUGUUGACCUCCCUCUAGACACAAGGCUGCAUAGGGUACACAACAUGGGACAGCAAAAAUCUUAAAAAGGAAAGCUUCCUGCACUCGUUCUACCAGCUGGGUAAAUCCUGGCAGCCAGACUGGAAUUCCAUAGAGCAACUGAGCUAUAACUUUUGCGUUGAAGACCUUGAGGGCAGAGGGGAUAUGCGAAUUACCUUUUGUUAUAAAGAAACACAUUAUGGCCUGCCCAGACAUCUUACUGGCAUUCACCGCUGUUGCACGGUGCGAGGACCAUAGAAGCCUAUGAUGGAAUGUGAUUCCCAGGUAGUUGAAUUCGAAUACCUGCUGGAUGGGUUUUCCACCAAAUACCCAGCUAUAACUUUUGCGUGAAUUCCCAAAAAACAUCAUUUUGCUUUUAUCAAAGUUCAUACACAAUUUCAUUCUGGACAGAUAGUCAAUGCAGGAAUUUAACAAACGCCAAUUCUUGUCCAUGAAAGCAAAAUCAUAUCAUCUGCUUAUAGAAGGAUGGGAAUGCUUGAUGCAUUGAGUUUUGGGCUGUGGGCAUCCACCUGUUUUAGUAAAGAAGAUCUGUCAUGACAUUCCCUGGUGUUGUUCUUAUGUGACAGGUGUUCUUUAUGUAAAGCUUUUUGAUCAAGUAAAGUAAUCUAGGUUCUAGGCCCAUUGUCUCCAAUUUGGACCAUAACAGUCCCCUGUUGACAGGGUCAAAAGCAGCCUUGAUAUCAAGGAAGGCCACAUAAAGACAUUCCUUAUGAAGCCGCAUGUACUUAGCGGCUAAAUGAGAUAACACCAAACAGUUGCGUAAAGUAGAUUUCCCUGGCCUGAACCCUGCCUGCUCUGGACCUAUGAUGUUUUUCUCAUCAAGCCAAGUAGUUAGUUUAUUUAACAGAUGUUUAGCUUUACAAUUUCCAGAUGUUUGACAGUAGACUUAUUGGCCGAUAAUUGGAUGGCAGCUUUUUGUCACCCUAUUUAAAGAUUGGGAUAAUUAUAGAUUGCUGCCAUGAGUUAGGUAUGGUACCAGAUCUAUCUAUCAUAGUGAAUAGUUCCGCUAGUAUCGGAGCCCACCACUCUGGCUUGGCUUUGAUCAGUUCAGAUGGAAUAGCAUCAGGGCUAUUAGCAUUUACAGUGGCUUCUCAAGUUUGGGUCUGGCACCCACGAACCCUCCUCAAAACCCACCUUUUCUGUGAAGCCCUUGACACAACCAAUGAGCGUAGCCGGGGGGGGGCAGGGGGCAGCUGCCCCUCCCCCAUCAAGAAAAACACAUCACUAACUGAUGUUCUGCCACUCCCCAACAAAAGCUUGCCCCCCUAACAAAGAUCCUGGCUAUUCCCAUGAGCACAACCCCCAUACACAUAGCUACUGUAAGCGUGUGUAACAGGCUUCAUUCAACACACUGGCAGUUACUUCCAAGUAAAUGCAUGCAGAAUCAUACUGUGAAGCAAUCAAGUAUUUCCCCUAUUUAACUUUGCUUUCCUGGGUUUCCUGUUUCAGUUUUAAUAGUCAGGGCCAUUUAGAGAAGUGUAACUACUUUGCAGAUUGCACCUGGAAACUAGACUCAGUGGAAGUGUGCCUGUGAGUGUGUGUGUGUGUUUUAAACAUUGUAGGAAGUUAUAAUGUACAGUGGUGCCCCGCAAGACGAAUGCCUCGCAAGACGGAAAACCCGCUAGACGAAAGGGUUUUCCGUUUUGGAAGUGCUUCGCAAAGCGAAUUUCCUAUGUGCUUGCUUCGCAAGACGAAAAUGUCUUGCGAGUUCCUGCAGGUUUUUUUUCCUUUUCCCCCCUUUUUCCCAAGCCGCUAAACCGCUUAUCAGCUGAUGGCUAAGCCGCUUAUCAGCUGAUCUUUAAGCCGCUUAACAGCUGAUGGCUAAGCCGCUUAUCAGCUGAUCUUUAAGCCGCUUAACAGCUGAUGCUAAGCCGCUUAUCAGCUGAUCUUUAAGCCGCUUAACAGCUGAUGCUAAGCCGCUUAUCAGCUGAUCGUUAAGCCGCUUAUCAGCUGAUCUUUAAGCCGGCUAAGCCGCUAAUACUGUAGCGCUAAGCCGCUAAACCUCUAAUGGGCUUGCUUCGCAAGACGAAAGAACCCGCAAGACGAAGAGACUCGCGGAACGGAUUCUUUUCGUCUUGCGAGGCACCACUGUAAGUAGUUUAGCAUUACAUGCCACUACUUUUGUGCACUAAUAAUCCACAUUAUGUAUUGUAUAGCAACAGAGGACACACUUCAUGGAUUAAAAGUACAUGAGGUGUACAUUGUCGCACUGGAAUCUGCUAUAUGCAUGUAUUCCACAUGAACAUGUGAUUGCAAGCUUCCUGAAUAUUCAAGUGUAUAAGUUAAAGGGACCCCUGACCAUUAGGUCCAGUCGUGGACGACUCUGGGGUUGCUGCACUCAUCUCGCUUUAUUGGCCGAGGGAGCCGGCAUACAGCUUCUGGGUCAUGUGGCCAGCAUGACUAAGCCAUUUCUGGCGAAGCAGAGCAGCGCACGGAAACUCUGUUUACCUUCCCACCCGAGCGGUACCUAUUUAUCUACUUGCACUUUGACAUGCUUUUGAACUUCUAGGUUGGCAGGAGCAGGGACUGAGCAACAGAAGCUCACCCCCUCGCGGGGAUUUGAACUGCCGACCUUCUGAUCGGCAAGACCUAGGCUCUGUGGUUUAAACCACAGCACCAACCGCGUUCCAUUCAGGUGUACAGUACAUGUGAAAUAGUGCUUUUGGAGUAACAUGCCAACAAACAAGCACAAAAAGUCCUCAUGCAGUAAUGCCCUAAUACGGUCACACCAAAUGCUAUUUAUGUAAAGUACACACCAUCACUAAUUCAAGUGCUGUGAAAUAGUGAUGGUGUGUACGUUACAUAAAUAACAUUUGACAUGACCCGUAUUAGGGCACUACUGCAUGAGGACUUUUUAUGCUUGCUUGUUGGCAUGUUAGUCCAAAAGCAGAAUUGUGGAAAGCUGUACUUGCAAAUAACGGUGUGUUGUGGUACAGGGAUAUCUGCACCUACAUUGUUUCUUCUGUGUGUAGUUUGGCCACCCUGUGGAUAGCCUGAGAUUAUUAUCAUUCUCUACGUGAAUAGGUGGAAGGAGCCAUUGAUCAUGGGUGCUCUGUAACCUGUGGGGAUCAAAGGUACUGAAUGAAUUAUUUUAAAAUCCACAAAGAAAACUAGCUAACCUCAGGUUCUAUUUCGCUAAGAUAUACUGAGGUUGCAAUGUUUAGCCAUAAUGUUCAUUACAUAAGGAGUGCAGCUGGUUGGUAGAACAUCUUCAUUUGAACCAGAAGGUCCAUGGUUCAAUUCCUGGCAUAUCUAGGUAGAGCUAGGAGAGACUCCUGUCUGAAAUCCUGGAGACCCUCUGCCAGUCAGCAUAGGUAGACCAAGGGUAGUCAACAGGGUGCCCUUCAAAUGCUGCUAGACUGCCGCUCCCAUCAGUCUUGAGCAUUAGUCAAGCUGGCUGGGGCUGAUGGAAGACCAACAACAUCUGGAAGGUGCCAUACCUGUAGAAAAAAUACUAAGCUAGAUGAACCAAUGGUCUGACUCUGUAUAAGGCAGCCUACUAUGUUCUUCCUGGCUUCUUGCAUGAUUAGUGAACUUCUGCAGAGGGAACUUUUGUGUUUUCAGUGGAAGCUCCUUACACAUUUGACAGUGCUGAUCUCCUGUGCAGCCCCAACUGUACUGUGUUGCUUCUUACAACUACAGUGCCCGAAGAGGACUUAAUUCCAUAGACAUUUGCUCAAUUAAUCCUUUCAACUCUCAUGUCCAGCUUUGAUGUCUAUGGCCAUUUCAUUGCCCAGGAGAAUCAAAAUCAGAUUAAACCAAGGACUGUAAUGCUUGCACUUUGUGUCUGUGAUUAAUUUGGGGGAUUAUUAUUGUGAUUGGCACAUACAAAAAAAAAUGUGUGUGCGUGUUCAGCUAUUUGAAUUAUUUUUAAAAGGACUGGUUACAGUGGAAGAUUCCCAGGGCUUAUCAUCUUCCCUUAAGCCUUUCUGUGAGGAUGACCUCAGACAGCCAAUCCCAUUUGGUUGGUGAAGAAAUCUCUUUGAAAGGAGGGAAGCAACAUUACCCAUUGCACGUUGCAUCCUGUUGUUCUACUUCUAAUAGUAGAAACAUUUAUUUAUGUUCCUUUUAGAAAUGUUGUGGGCAACAACUUGUAAUACACAGUGUGCUGGGAAAACAUGUUCCUCAUGCCAAUGUCCAUUGCUGCCCUUGCUGUUCAUGUUUUGUUUUCUCUCAGCAGUCUGGGGCCUUCAAAUCACAAGGAGUGUUUCCCUUCCUUCAGGUGUGAUCUUCUUAAUAUACUGUUUAUACAUCUUGUUUAUUAAUAAUAAUUCACUGCCAUCAGUGUAAUGGCAUUUUGCAGAUUUCCAUAAGCAAAGUCCCUUCCCCCAAGGACCCUACUGUCUAAAUUUUGAUAGCAACAACUGAGAAAGGGAAAACAAAGAGUAAUAAUGGAUGUAUGUGAACAAAUGCUUUUAAGCAUGGUUACAACUGAGCAUGGCUAAGUAUUUACUGUUACAGCCAUAAUGUAUAUUUUAAUAGACUCAGAUAAGUGUAGUAUUGUAGAGUUGGAAGAGAUCCACAAGGGUCAUCUAGUCCAACCCCCUGCAAUGCAGGAAUCACAGCUAAGAUUGAUGGUGGUUUUAGCUAAGGGCUACAAUCCAACAGGUUUGGUGAUACUUAAGAUUAUUGAAUUAACUAAAUUAAGUUCAGCUGAUUCUGUCCUGGGUUGUGGUCAUGACUUUUAAAAAAAGUAAAUGUGUUUUUCAUAUUGGGAAUCACUCUCAUUCCCCUCUUAUUUUUAAGUGGCAUAUGAAUAUGUAAAUGCAACAGGUACCGGGUAUUUACAUUAAAAUUAUACCAAAAAAUCCUCUUGUAUACUGAGUAGUACUUUGGGCAUCCUAGAGUCCCACUGAUUUCCAUUUGAUUUGUCAAACUGAAUAAAAAUGUCAGAAUCUUUAUGAGAGGUAGAUGAGUUAAAGCUAGAUUCCGUCAAUCUAGUGUAAAUAUGCUAACGAAGCUCUGCUCUUUAUAGUCAACCCCAUCUGGAAGUUUACAGUUUAAAGCAGCUGCCAUCAGACCAUUGAUUCUGAGAAGGAAAGUGUCCUCUUCCUCUGGGAGCAAGGGAAGAACGAAUAGGCCCAUCCUCUGUGAAAAAGAGUAAUCAGAAAGAAUUGGCAGUCAGUUCUGUGAUGGGAGAAAGAACAGGACAUGUAUUGAAACCAGACUGUGCCACUGUAAUGCUAUUAAACAACUCUGUGUAACCACAGUGAAGAAACGCAGAAGCAAAUGGUGUUCUAAUUCAUAAUGGAGAAUGAAAUGGGUUUUUUGCUGUGUGGACUGAGAUAGUCUUCUCAUGCAUGAAUACGUGCUGGGUUCAGAAUGGGAGGAACUACAACUCGGCUGAGUCAGAGGAAAUGACUGGUCAUUUCACACAGGCAACUUUGGGUCUUUGUUUUUCAGCCGGGUGGUUUUUCACCACUAUCCAGAUGAUUGGAUAAUAGAAUUGUAGAGUUGGAAGGGACCACAAGGGUCAUUUAGUCCAACACCCAGCAAUGCUGGAAUAUUUUGCCCAAUGUGGGGCUCAAACACACGACCCUGAGAUUAAGAGCCUCAUCCUCUAUCAGCCGAGCUGUCAACUGAAGCAUUUGUCUCAAGUACAGAUCACAAAUUCUACAUGCCGCUGCUUGACCCAUAUUAGGAAGGUUUGCAGCAAUAGACAAAACGGCGGUUUGUAUGCAAAGUUUGCUGUUCAAACAAUCCUUUCGCUAUGAGCACAGUGCAAUCUGGCAUGUAGAAUCGUCAUGCAAAUUGACCAACUGGGUUGAUUUGUAUAUCUUCUUAUGAGAUUUUGACCAGCUUCGGCCCAUCUGAAGCUGAUACAGGCUCGUCUUAUCUUGAGCCCAAGCAGAGUAGUCCACACAGCAGAAGGAUAAGCAGUAUGUGCUACAUUCUUUAACUUUAUUUACAAGCUAUGCUGAGAGCAUACAAACAUGCAUCUUGCCUCUGUGAGAGCAGAGAAGCAACCGUCUCUCUAACAAAGAAACCGAGAGAACAGUGAAAAACAGGAAACCAGUGUACGUCACAUCCAGUCUCCCAUUCCCGUGGGAAUCCAACAGUAACUUGGACUGUGGAAUGCAAAACAAUGUCUUGUGACUGCAGUUGCUGCUCAGUGAGGGAAAUAGAAACCAACAGAAUUCACAUUCCGUUUGUGCCAUUUUCUUGGGGGACCAGAUUGGAUAUUAGGGGUUCCUUAUAGAUACCAAGAAGCAGUAUCUAAUUCUCCCUCCAUGUGCACAGAUCCUGAUUUACCACACCAUAUCAACAUUCUGUUAAUUUUAGGAUUAUUAAUAGGAGAGUAACAGAAACAUCAAUGUUUCAGUUGAAGAUACUGCAAUUGAAGGUGGCAGGGGGUUUUUUUAGCUCCUGAUUUAUGGGCCUUCCUGAUAUCUUUGCCCAAUCAAUGUUCCUCAGAAACUGUUGGUUUUGAGAAAGACAGUUUUAAUGUAAUGGGAAAAUAAUAAAUUGGGGGGGGGGGGAGAGGGAAUAUAUGUUGAGAACUGUGAAACUUCAGCAGAAGAUGAACAAUCAAUUAGAGAACAAUUCUAGAAAAGGUUGCCAGAUUGCAUUACAUUUCUCAAAUUUAUCCUUCCUGUAAUACAUGAUUCAUUCUUUAAUGUACAGGUCUAAAAGGUCUUCAACCCAAUUUUCAGUUUGAAGUGCAGAACAUGAUUUCUAGAACUAUAAAACAAUACUCCUGCAGCAAAGUGAUGCUAUGGGUGUUCUAAAAGGUGAUUAAAUGAGAAUUCCAUCUUUAGGAAGAAAACUAAAUUAUAUCUGGUCAUGAAAUAUUUUCAAGAAGACUUGAUAACAUAUGUCAUGGGCUGGCUAGACACAGAGGAAUGGUGGGAGAGACCAGCUGGGGAACCCCCAAGCGAAGAAGGCUCAGAGCCCAGGGAUUGGUGGUGGGGUGACACAGAGUGGUCAGAGGGAGAAGAGGGAGCAGACUGGGAGGAGGAUAUGUUGGAAGCUGAAGAGGUAACAGGGUUUAGUGAGCAGGGAGACUCUACGGCACAGAAAAGUACAGAAUUGGAGUCAGAAGCUAAAGCAAGAGAGGAGGGAGGCCAAGAGGCAGAGAUGAGUCAGGCUGGUGAAGAAGCCAGGGAGUUUCUCCCUCCUGCUGCGACACAUUACAUUGCAUUUCUUUAUACAGUGGUACCUCGGGUUAAGAACUUAAUUUGUUCUGGAGGUCUGUUCUUAACCUGAAACUGUUCUUAACCUGAAGUACUACUUUAGCUAAUGGGGCCUCCCGUGCCGCUGCUGUGCGAUUUCUGUUCUCAUCCUGAAGCAAAAUUCUUAACCCGAGGUACUAUUUCAGGGUUAGUGGAGACUGUAACCUGAAGCGUCUGUAACCCGAGGUACCACUGCAUGAGCAAAAUAUAGUCUUGGCCACAGCAACACUAGUCAUCUCAUGGGGAAAAUGUGAAGUUUCAGAGAGCAUUAAUGUUUCUGUAGCUGAAAUCCGUGGAUUUUGGUUCCCAUGUUACACUAGUCACACAAGUAAACAAUAUAAAAAGGGAAAGAGGCAAAUUAAGCAGGAUGAUGAAAAGUACCUUUUAAAUCAGGAGUGGAGAACCUGUGGCCCUCUGGGUGUUGGACUACAACUCCCAUCAGCCAGCAUGGCCAAUGAUUAUGGAUGAUGGGAGUUGUAGUCCAACAACAUCCUGAAGGCCAGAGGUUUCUUAUCCUUGUUUUAAAUCUACAGCAAAAAAAGGUCAGAAUAUACUACUGAAGGAAUUCUCGUAAAACCAAAUAUCUGUCAUAUUUAUCUAUAGCAAAUUUCACAUUACCAAGAUGAGUACCAAUAACAUAGUUUUGCUCCACAUUAAUACUAGUGAAAUGCCAAUUUGGAUGGGUAAGUGGAGGAGCAUCUGUAAAUCACAGGACCACUGCAAGGGCAGUGCCACCCCCAAAGGGAGGCAGUGCCAGUCCUAAAGGUCCGUGAUAGCUGAGCACCUGUUGAUGCUUCUUUCUUUCUCUGCUCAGGCUGCUUUUACUUGUGAAGCACCAUAGAUGCCCUGCUGCUCUUGACAUGCUGUGGUGGAAGCUGCUCUGCUGGAUUCUUAUGGAGAAAGAAAAAUAUAUCCACCCAUGCAGUCCAACCAGGGAAUGGGGGCUCAGUCCCACCUAGGUCAUUCUGAGUGGCGGAGACUAUCACCUUCUGUCAGCAUGGCUACUAGAAUAACAAGCCAGGGGAAGGAUGGACCUGGAAUUGAGCAAGAGGUGGAAGUAUUCCUGCAGGAGCCUUCCCCAACCUGGUGCCCUCUAGAUAUUUCGGAAUACAGCUCCCAUCAGCCCCAGCCAGCACAGUUGUGGCAGGGGAAGGCUAUCCUAGACUACUGGGUCGAUUCCACCCCUCUGCUUUGCAUGGCUCCAUUCUUCUCAUUUGCCCAGUCCUACCCUUUUUCCAGGUUUUGCUGGAGCGUGGCCAAGAGAUUGUUUCUAAGAAACUGUAUAAUAAAUAUAAUAAAAUGAGUUCAUUUGGAUUUGAAAUGAAGGGGCACAAACAAGCAGCAUUUUCAUUAAACAGGACUGGAACGGUUAUAACCAAGAAAGCAUUUCAAUGUUAUAGUAGAUAAAAAUCAGAAUAUUUCGUACUCUAAAGUAAUCAUACUGGCAAUAUCAUCCAGAGCUAAUUCUUUAAGGUUUUAGAUACAGCAGCUUUGUGCAUGCCUUGGACUGAGCAAGGCUUUUCAGCUAGGCUUGAUGUUUAAAAGCCCUAUUAUGUGACUAGCUUUAAAAUCCUCUUUUGCAAAUUGUUUUCCAGCUAAGGCACAGCUAAGACUGGGUGUGCGCGGGUGAAAAUCUGCAGAUUGCUUGUGCAUUGCCGUGUAGCCAAUGUAAAAGCAAUCUGCAUCACGUACAUCUGUUGUAUGUCAGUUACAUAGCAAUGCACAACCAAACUGCAGAAUCUACACUAUAGACUGGAACACUUGCUGAUGUGAUUGCUGUGCUCACAUCAGCAUGGUGUCAGGAUCAGUGUUAGUGCAGGGUCGUCCCAUGUGAUGUUAUCUGUGAUUUUAAAAGUAUAAUGCACUUGCUGAAUUUUCACACCCCUCCCCUUUCUGCCAGGAAGGGGAGAGUGACAGAGUUUUUUGAAAUUGGUUGGAACCCAAGCUGUGAUUCCUUUAUUGAGGAAGCAUUGUUGAAUCUAUGGCUAGUGCAUUUAAUUCCCUAUCUCCAUAUGGAUAGAAGUAAUGGCCACAACUUCUUGUAGCCUUAGCUGGCUAUUGCAUUUUGCUUGCUGGGAAAUACUGGGUAUAGCUAUAGCGGCUGCCAGUUGCCACUGCCAGUUGCCGAAUGCGAUUGCUACCUCCCCCAGAUGAACAGGCAAGAGUCAAAAUAUAUCUAUACUAGGAGAAUUUCAAGACUGAAGAGGAAUUCUGUGCACCUAGUUGGUAUACUCUGAUUUCCUCUAGGCAUAAAUCUUACAGUAUCUUGCAGACAAAUGGGGCAUGUUGCAAUUGUGCAACCUUUGUGAAUACAACCAAUAUUCAUAACAAGAGCUCAGUUCCAACUCAAAAGGUGUAUCUUUGGAAGAAGGCAGAUCAGUUCUCUAAAGAGCACAUAUUUCCAGUUCUUUCCACUCCCAGUUCCUAUUCCCAUGUCCCAGUGUGUUGUUGGGAAGUCGUUGAUCUGGGUGAAAUAAGAAUCCCCUCUCUUUUGCCCUGGUGCAAAGGACUACAGAGUGAUGAAGAUACAAUAUGGUAAAAUGUCAUUUCUCAGUACUUACAAUGUUUUUUCCCCUCAUAGUUUGGGCAUUUCAAGUCCUGCUCACAACCCCAGAAUUAUAGUUGCAAGUUGGUAGUUUGCUGGCGUUAUUGGGAGGGUUGCAACUGUGGAUAGUAGCUUUUAGUUGUUCAAGAUUUGCUUUUCUUAAAAAAUAAAAAAAAAUGCAUUCACAGUAAAUUUUCAUUGAAAGCACUUUAUUCAGCACUUAAACUCUCAGGGAUGGUUGCCCUUCUUCCUCUUCAAUUAUGCAGUUUUUGUGAAUUAUAAGCAGCUAUAGUUUUCUAAUUAAACUUAUACGGAUCAUAAGGCAGACUCAUCACAUUGAGAAUAGCAGACUAUAAAGAAUAACUGUUUUUGUUUAAACAAUGGCACCUCAUUGAACACCAGGGGAAAAGUUUAUGGGGGGGAAAAGAUUUGCAUGUCCAAGUGAACAUGGAGAUGCCUAACCAAAUAAGUUUUGAAAUAGUUCCAUGACAUAUUUCCUUGUAGUGGAUUUCAUUGUAGUGCUUUUAGAUACUGUGUACAAGUUACUCACAGAGAUCACAGAGUGCUUCGGAAGCAAAACUUAACUUUUAAAGUGGUGGGAACAGAUCCUAAAGAAAACUCCUUAUGACUUGACUGUCAAAGUAAAAGUAAGACUCUUUUCUCUUUUUUUAACCUCUUGCUAAAAUAUAAAAAUGUUCAAAUAAAUAUUGUUCAUUUCACUUCACCAUAGGAUUCAAAGUAGCUUUACUUCAACUUGUUUUCUGCUUCAUAUGUCUUAAUUAAGGACUAAAGGGAAUAUUCUUUCCAUUUGCAUGGCUGCAAAAUGUUUAACUGGUUUUGUUUUUCUACAGUUGUCAGAUGAUUUCACCUUUUCUCUUUCUUUUUUGUAUCCAAAUGAGUCCUUUCUUAAGAUUGACAUGGGUUUGAUAAACAAUCUGUACCUAUCAGUGUAGCCAAUAGCUUACCACUGAGAAACUGCAAAACUACACAUUGUACAGUGGUACCUCGGGUUACAGACGCUUCAGGUUACAGACUCUGCUAACCCAGAAAUAGUACCUCGGGCUAAGAACUUUGCUUCAGGAUGAGAACAGAAAUCGUGCUCCAGCAGCGCGGCAGCAGCAGGAGGCUCCAUUAGCUAAAGUGGUACCUCAGGUUAAGAAUAGUUUCAGGAUAAGAAUGGACCUCCAGAACGAAUUAAGUCCUUAACCCGAGGUACCACUCUAUUGCUAUGUGCAUGUUGCUUAUUGAUUUUAGAGUUAAAAUCCCAAGGUCUUAUUCAGUGUCCGUUAGCCCUCAGCUGCCUAGUCUUUGUGUAAAACAUGAAGAGGAGGAUGUGUGUGUCUCCAAGUAGGGCUCCCAGAUUCCAGGACUUCCAUGCAUCACCAGCAUUCUGUUUCUACUGAAAGCCUGGUUGGUGGAUCUCAGCACAUUGAGAGUGCCAUCUGGGCUCAGUACCAGGUGACUGAGUGCUCAGCUGAUUUCAAGGGCAAAUCAGUGCCCACUCGGAUCAAGGAAACCCUUUCCUCAAGGCUUGCUCCUCAGUACGUCUCACUGAGGACAUGGCCUUGGUUUCUGCUCUCUUUCCACAAUUGUUCCAUUGGAUUUGAUCCCUGCCUCAACUAUAUACACUUGCCUUUGGCCCUCUCAGCUCCUGCUGGGCACCUUGACUCCUGGCUGAUUUGGAACAGUCACCUGAUUCUGGCUCAAGUAGAUUGACAGCCAGCUCACCCAUCCACCUCAUUCAUGGAGCCUGACAACCUGCAGCCCAGCCCAUUCAGUGGUCUGUCACUUAAGAUUUGUAAGCUCUCUGCAGACAGAGAUGUUCUGACACCCUCCAGCACUUCAUUUCUUUUGUGCUACCAGAAUAUAUCAACCGGUGGGAUCAAGCAAGAGACUUCUGCAUUCCCUUCUUCAGCUUUUGACCUCUGUCUGUCUUAUUUGAGGAAGUUCCAGUGUUACUCAAGAAAGUUGUUUUUUCCUCCCUUUCUUCAAUCUGUAAGACAGAUUUGUUGUAGGCUCACUUAUACCGAACAGAUAGCACAACCUGAAAAUUCUGACUUCCACAGAAACCUUUAGUGUACUCAGUACCCACUUCAGCUGAGAACCAAUUGCAUCAACAGUGUGUUCAUGAUACAAUGAAUGAUUAUAAAAUCCUGAAAUGAUUUAUUAGAAUUGGGUUUGGAUUGCUGUGUCCCAUGCUUGUGAUACUUUGAAGAAGCUAGGAUGAAAAUGCAGGCAAAAACAAUAUGAUCAAACAGCAUUUGUCUGGCUAGUAAUUAAGCCUACUUUUGUUAUCAUGGUCAUAUAAUACUAUGGCUUAAUUUUAUCAGCAGUGCGGUGGGCUUUGGCCCUGCAUUUCUCAUCCCCCUCCCUACAGCCUUGUCCAUUUGUGAAAUUUGUUUGAAAUUUUAUAUAAAGCUAUGAAUAACUCAUGCAUGCAAUACUUAUUGACUUCUGUUUUUCACUAACAUUCAUUGACCUUUUAGGUCAAUAAAUGUAAAGUUGAUUUAAGAAGUCAAUAUGCCUUAUUUUAAUUUAGAUUAAAUUUUCAUCUGAUUCAGCACUCUCUAGUUCUCUUUUUAUAAAUAAAAUGCUCAUGUCAAUUUAUUAUUAAAAUUUAUGUCAAAUAUAAAAUGUUUUCAUGUAGGACUGGAAGUCCCCAGCUGAGUUAUUAUUUUUAAGCAUUUCCAGCUCAGUGUUUUGAAAGUGACCUUCCUGUGCUCGACUGCAUAUCAUGCCCCUUUCCAGUGCCUUUCCAGUUAUUGUACAGAAGGUAUACAGACAUAAAAUUGUAUUGCAAGCUCUAUGUGAAAAGAGAAAUUUCCCUCUCUUAAAUGUUGUUUAUAGAUGUGGGCAUAUAAGUGAAUUUGGCUAAAGUAAUGAUCCUUCUAGAUUUUCAUUUUACGAAAUAAAUCCAAUAAAUUAGGUUUCUUACACUUCUUUUACACUGAAGCUUUAGUAAGAUUUCAUCAACCCUUAGGCUUGAACUAAAUAAUACUUAAAAAAAAGAAAGAAUACAGAACAAUCUUUUAAAUUCUGCAGCAGUUUGCUUCAGAUGGUUGCAAAGUCUCUUCUAUAUAGGGAGAGGUAAGAGUUCUUUCUAAACUAAUAAGGAAGCACAGCUAUGGGAAUUUCCCUUUUACUGAGUACUUUGGUGAGAUUCCGAACUGUUAUAUAGAUGAUGGAUUUUUUUUACACCCUUUGACACUUCUAUUAUUCCUUUGAUUUGUUCUCCUUUCAUAUUUAUAGAUACAAUAAUAGUUCCCCCCUUGUUUCUUUUAGGCAUUGAUUUCGAAGUAAAAACCAUUUCAGUAAAUGAUACAGCAAUGAAACUACAGAUAUGGUGAGUUUUUAUUUAUUUAGAAAAAUGUACAGAUCGUUCAUUCAAAAAAAAAAUCUCUAAGUGGUGUACAUAAUAAAUAACUGAUAAAUUCCAAACUUUAGAAUAAUUAGUAUAUCAAAAUUAGUAAUCUGCUCUUGGUAUUCUAAGAUGUGUAUUCAUAUUUUUUUCCAGUACAAGUAGUUUUCUUCUUUGGUUUCAGUAACAAAAACAGAGUUUAUAUUUUAUUACUUUCAAACCCAUUCAAUGGGAAAAAUACUUGGGAGCCUUUCUGUUGCUUUACUAUAACUCCCAUCUUCCCUGUUCAUUGGCUAUGCUGGCUGAGGAUGAUGGCAUUUGAACAUAUGAGAGACCACAAGUUUACCAUCCCUGCUAUAGGAAGAAAUGUGUGUGAAUGGAUCUUGGCCAUGCAGCUGCUUGGGUUCAUGUUGUAAAGGUUUGCUAACUACUCUACUCAUAGAACCCAAUAUAAUAAAAGACCAGACAAUGUUUUUGCUGUUGUCAAUCUACUGACACUCUGUGUGUGAGAGAGGGAGGGAGGUGUAGGCUGUGAGAUUGGGCAGCCUUUGAAUGCACACCCUUUGUUAAUUCUGAGAGAUUCCUGACAUCCCAAUUUUACAAAUCCACCUAGCAGCAACUGGCAGACAGAGUAGUUUGUGCUAAUGUGGUUAUAAGCAAAGCAGGUGGUGGAAAAGGUUUUCUUGCAAUACUGCCUGUUUGCAACAUUGUGUAUAACUAAGAAAACCAGUUACAUCUUGUUUCCUGUAUGAUUUUGCCAAUGUAACUGAGUCACACAUAGCUGGGCAAACCUCAACUAAUCUGAUCCUAGUACAGUACAGUCGUACCUUGGAAGUUGAACAGAAUCUGUUCCCGAAGUCCAUUCAACUUCCAAAACCAAAUCGUGGCUUCUGAUUGGCUGCAGGAAGCUCCCGCAGCCAAUCAGAAGCCGUGGAAGCCCUGUUGAACGUUCAGCUUCCAAAAGAAUGUUCGCAAAUCUGAACAAUCACUUCCGGGUUUUCGGGAUCCAAGGUACGACUGUAUAUUUUUUCAAGAAAUGUGUUUGGUGCUAUAGAACUCGUAACUCCACAGCCUAUUUGAGACCACUGUAAAAUGUAGAAAACAGAAUAAUAGAAUUGUAGAGGAAUCUCAACUAAAGCAUCCAUGACAGAUGGCCACCCAACCUCUGCUUAAAAACCUCCAAGGAAGAAUAGUCCAUCACUCCUGGAGGGAGGCCAUUCCACUGUCAAACAGCUCUUUAACUGUUCUUCCUGAUGUUUAGUUGGAAUCUCCUUUCUUGUAACUUGAAUCCAUUGGAUUGAGUCCUACCUUCUGGAGCAGGAGAAAACAAGCUUGCUCCAUCUUCCAUGUGACAGCUUUUAAAUAUUUGAAGAUCACCCUUAUAACUGGCUCCAUGCAGCAUCCUAAGCUGAUGAUGGUGGUAAAACACAACACUAUCAUCAGGUAGUGCAGCCAUUUUGUGCCUAAUCAUAUGUAUAUUUUUGGUGCAUUAUUAACUCAGUCCAACUGUUCCAUUCAUUCACAAGUACAACACUGAGAUUUAAAGCCAGGGUUAUUUGCAUCCAUAGUAUUUUGAAUAAAAUCUGAUUUGGAGAGAAUCUUUACUGCAGAAGUACUCAACUGGUAUGCCAACUGGGUUUUUAUUUGUAUGCGCAGCUUCUGUUUUUUUCUGUUUACAGAAGGCUGCAAUUAAUGAUUUAGGACUGUUUGUUCACAGUCUUACAAUGUAAGCAGUACCAAAUGAUUCCUUACAAUGUAUUAUAGGGACACUGCCGGUCAGGAGCGAUUCCAUACAUUUACAACUAGUUUCUUCCGUGGAGCACAUGGAUUCGUUCUUGUCUAUGAUAUCACAAGUACAGAAAGCUUUCAAGGAAUUGCACACUGGAUGAAAGAUAUAAAUGAGGUACGUUUAUACCAUUCUGUCUUUGCUCUCAAAAUACAAUAAUCUUUGACAGGUUCAUAGAAGCUAGGGACAGACACUCAAAUGCACCCAGAACAGAGUGCCCCCCCUUUUUUUACUGCUGCUAUUUAGAUGAGGAAUCCACUUUAUAUCCCAUGAUCUAUCACUGUUUCUGUCUUCCUGUUUUCUUGUGUAAAGGGUUGCAUCUUGGUAAAGAGAGGUAAGUAUCCGCAUGAUUUGUCUGGACCACAGUCUUGCUCUCUAUUCUCUUGGUUCACAACUCCUCCAUUCCACCUGUGCAUUUACUCACUUAGACAUCUUGCUCAUUUCAUCUGCCAGUGUGUUAAAAUCCUGGACACAUCAUCAUGUUGUUACCCAACUAUUUCCCAAUGUUGCGCCAAAUUUCUGUUUUUGCUUUUGAACAUGGGGUGGUAGAGGUGGUGACAAAGGACAUGCAUAUGUCCCACAAACACGUUAACAUUGAUUGGGAUGGGUUUGAGCACAUGGGUGAAGUGAUGGGUGAACUACAGAUAUAAUAAUAAUAAUAAUAAUAAUAAUAAUAAUAAUAAUAAUAAUUUUUAUUUAUACCCCGCCCUCCCCAGCCAAGGCAGGACUCAGGGCGGCUUACAAGCAAUAAUAAAAACAAGUUGAAUGAUUACAACUUAAAAACAAAAUUAAAACAUUGAAAUAUUAAAAUAUUAAAAUGUAGCCUCCUCGCAGGAGGAGAAGGAAAAUAAAAAAGAAAGAGAGGGAGGGAAUCAAAUUGGCUCCAAGCCAAAGGCCAGGCGGAACAACUCUGUCUUACAGGCCCUGCGGAAAGAAAAUUUAGUAUUUGUUAAAAAAUUGUAUACAAUCCUGAAUCUGUCAUUCUGGAAGGAGAAAGCCCAUGUUCACAGGAAAUAUGCAACGAUUAAUUCCUGGAGAGCAAGGAACAAAAAUACAGUGGUACCUCGGGUUAAGUACUUAAUUCGUUCCGGAGGUCCGUACUUAACCUGAAACUGUUCUUAAACUGAAGCACCACUUUAGCUAAUGGGGCCUCCUGCUGCCACCGCGCCGCCGGAGCACGAUUUCUGUUCUCACCCUGAAGCAAAGUUCUUAAUGUGAAGCACUAUUUCUGGGUUAGCGGAGUAUAACCUGAAGCGUAUGUAACCUGAAGCAUAUGUAACUCGAGGUACCACUGUAAAUUAAUUAUAAGAAUAUUGGCUUUCGCAUAUAGUAAAAGACCAGCAAAUCAACAAAAAUAUAUAUUAAGUCUUAAACAGUCAGACUUCCAUUCCUAUUCUGCAAUAUUCAGUAUCCUCAUGCCUCUCUAUAUCAAAUUGUAGGAUUAUUAUUAUAAUUAUUAAUUAUUAUUAUUACAUUUAUUGGCUACUUUUUGCCAUGGUAACUCAAAGUGAUUUACAAUAUAUAAACAAACAUAUACAUUCUUCUGGCAUAAAACGGAAAACAAAUAAAAAUCUAAAAGACAAUCCUGUGUUUAAAAGGCAAUAUUAAAACAUCCUACCCACUCAAGGGAAUUCUAAGUUUUAAAGUCUUGCUGGAGACUUAAUUCUCACUGUCAUCCUAUGCCUUACACAGGGUACAACUUAACCAUGUUUUACCUUUAUGGGGCAAAGUUUUAUUUUCUUAACAGUAAAUGGGAAUAGUGGAAAGGAAAAAGAAUCAAGGACCAGAAGGACUAUUCUAUGUCCAUAUGCUCCAGUAUCUUGCUUCCAACAAGCUGCCAUCAUGCAUCCUGUGGCAGUGAAUUCAGCUAACGAACCCCACCAGCAAAAGCCCAUGCAAGGAUUUCUUCUAGCACAAUGGGGCUCCCUUGGCAUCUCCUCCCUCUGUGCCACCACAGAUUGGCUGUGCGAGUGGGGUCAGGAGAACUCACUGAACAGUAUGGCAUGGAAGGACAGGGCAGAUUGCUACAUCAGCCAAGCAGAAAUGGUUGCACCGAUGGACUGAUCUGCUUAGUGCCGUGUUGAAUUCCUCCCAAAAUAUUUAUGUGUAGUCUUAUCUCCUCCAUGUAACGGAUAGGAUUAUGCUGCCAGUUGUGCGAUUUCUACAUGUCCUGUUGUGUCCUGAUCCUGUGUUGUAUUAGUGCUGAUGUGCUGUGUGGAUAGGUUUUUUUGAAAUUUGUUGUAAGAUCUUAAACCACGACUUCAUCACAUAGGAUAUAUGGAGGGGUUCAUUGCUGAGUAAAACAAGAAGCACCUGGCCAAAUCCUAAGCUGUUCAGCCAUACAACUCCUUCAGCUGCCUAUGAGUCAGUAAUUUUUGUCCCACCGUACAUAUGAUUCCACAGAGCCCUUAAGGCAGCUUCCAACUUGUGAAUAAAUUUCUUUAAAAAUAUAAUAGAAAAGGAGAAAAACAUGUUUAGAACACAGACAAGCAAACUAUCUUAAAAGAUCAUCACACUUUAGGUUGUAAGCUAUUUCGGGUGGGGACCUAUUCUGAUGUACUUGAUAAAGCGCCAUACACACUGAUGUUCCCAGGGACGUGGGUGGCGCUGUGAGUUAAACCACAGAGCCUAGGACUUGCCGAUCAGAAGGUUGGCGGUUCGAAUCCCCGCCACGGGGUGAGCUCCCGUUGCUCGGUCCCUGCUCCUGCCAACCUAGCAGUUCGAAAGCACCUCAAAGUGCAAGUAGAUAAAUAGGUACCGCUCCGGCGAGAAGGUAAACAGAGUUUCUGUGCGCUGCUCUGGUUCGCCAGAAGCGGCUUAGUCAUGCUGGCCACAUGACCUUGAAGCUGAAUGCCAGCUCCCUCGGCCAAUAAAGCAAGACGAGCGCGGCAACCCCAGAGUCGGCCACGACUGGACCUAACGGUCAGGGGUCCUUUUUUACACUGAUGUUGCUACACACCUAGAUUACGAUAACAACUAUGAAUUGUCCGUAGGAAGAGCCAAUUCUCAGGUUAAAGUGUGAUAUUUAAAAAUCAGCCACUGCUUUGCUUUUGUUUGCUAAAAAAAGAGUCUUCAUAUCUCUUUUAAAACUUAAGAGAGAUAGCAGGACAAGCUUUGCUGGUUCAGGAGUUCUGUCAUGGGGGUGUUAUUAGUGAAAAGGCCCUGCCAAUCAGGCAAGGAGGCAUUGGGAACCAGCCCCCUUUUAAUCAUUUUGGUGUACAGUUGUACCUUGGAUCUUGAACGCCUUGGCUCCCAAAUAAAUCGGCUCCCGAACGAUCGAAACCUGGAAGUGAGUGUUCUGGUUUUCGAACGUUCUUUUGGAAGCCAAACAUCUGACGGGGCUUCCACAGCUUCUGACUGACUGCAGGAAGUCGCGCUUUGGUUUUCGAACAUUUUGGAAGGCGAAUGGACUUCCAGAAUGAAUUCCGUUUAAUUUCCAAGGUACGACUGUACUUCACAGAAGUGCACUCCCAGGUAACCUGGACCUAAUCUGUUAAGGACUUUAAAGGUUGCAAUUUUUGCAUAAUGCAUCAGGGUCAAGCUAAACGUUACACUUAAUGCUUAGCAUGCAGCUAUGGCAUGUGGGGAGGUAAGGGUUAUUUCUGCGUUCCCCAGCAGUGACCCCUCCUGAAAAUCUCCACCACCUUGCACAUGGCUGCAAGGCUUGGUUUAAAAAGUUCCUGUUGGGAACUUUCCCCCUAAGUAUCAUAAAGAUGACUGAAUGGGAUUUGACCUUGUUUUGAAUAUGUUGGCCUUGUUUUGAAUAGGUGAUCUGCUUGCACGGCAAGUACUAAUAGUGUGCAGAGAAUUUCUGCAUCUUUUAGUUUAGCUAAAUGGCAGCCCUUCAACCAUUGUUGCAUUCCAAUUAUCCCUGACCAAUAGUCACGCUGGCUGGGUCUGAUGUGAGUUGGAGUCCAAGAACAAGAUAUUAGCUACCCAUGGUGGUAUAAUAAUAAUAAUAAUAAUAAUAAUAAUAAUAAUAAUAAUACCUCACCCAUCUGACUGGGUUGCCCCAGCCACCCUGGGCAGUCUAGAACCAUCCUAAUACUUUAUAUAUUUUAUUUUGAAUAUCAUUAAUCCAAUAGUUGUCAAUGCCUCUGUGUCACAACUAACGUCUUUGUAGAUCUGUCAGAGUUAACCAGCAAGUGCGAUAUUAAAGAAUAAUGUAAAUGUUUGUAUGCCAGUUAUGCUAAUAAUGUGCAAGGCUUGCAGAUUCUGUUGUGGGGAAACAUUACUUUUCAAGACAGGUCAAGAUAUACUGGGACUUUAAUAUUUAAAUCAUUCUUACCUUUCAAAUGAAGGACAGCUUAAUACUCUGCGCUUAUAAUGCUGAUCGCAGCAAGUUUCAAGACAAUCAGCAUGUUUAUUACAGGAAAAUUGCUUCAAAAUACAAGUUUGCUUUACAAAUUUCUCAUAUGAGGGUGCAAGAUUGAUAUAGUCCUUUCUCUCUCACAGGUGCUCAAUUAAAAAAUAUGAGCACCUGUGAGAGAGAAAGGGCUACAUCAAUCUCGCACCCUCAUAUGAGAAAUUUGUAAAGCAAACUUGUAUAUUGCAAACUUGUAAUCAGUUUUAGAACAUCGUACAGCAUGCUCAUGGUAUAAAGUGGUGUUGAAGUCAAAUAUUAAUUUAUAAAGAUGAAGGAGGUGGCCAUUUUAUGACACACAAAGGUAUUCUCAUAUGUUUGUGGGGCAGAAACUGGGGAGAGGAGAAAGCGUUCCCUGCAACCAGCCCUCCUUGUUCCCGAGGAGUCCUACCCGCACCCCUGCCUGGGAGCUGCAGCUUUCAGGGCAGAGGCAGGUCCUCUGUGUAAAGACUGUCUGGGUGAAUUUGCUCACACUUUUCAGUACCCCACAAAUCUGAAUACUGAGCUAAAUAUUUAACAAGCAGCCUUACUGCAAAGGCCACCCUACAAGUGAUGCUUUAAAGUGCUUUUUGCAUUUAACAUACAUAUUUUUAAAAAUGCAAGUAUCAUCAGAUGGGGGAGGGCUUAUAAUUAGCAGGAGUAUAACAGACAGGGAGAAUGAAUUUAACUCAAGAGGGGGGAAAUUCCUCUUGAAGCUGUUUGCAUUGGCACCCUUUUGGGAUUUCCUCUCAAUGCAAAUAGCACUUUCAGAAGCAGGGAUUUCUUGCACCCUUCCUGCAGUGCCUGAUUCACCCUAUGUCCAGCUAAUGCUCUUUGCAUUAUUUUCAUUUUCAUUUUUGCAACCUGCAUGUUAACAUCGCAACUUGUUGGGCCCUUAAUACCAGCUUUUGGGCUGAUCAGGUACAAGAUGUCCCUUGCACUGAACCUCUAUGCAUAAUCUAUUACUUUUGUGUACUGGUGUUCAUGUUAUUAAACUGCUCCUCCUUGUGGCCAAAGAUCAUAUAGAAUCCAGAUGAUGAGCUGACUGUUGUUAAUCUUCAGAGCUGUAAAAUCAGUCUCAAUUUUUCCCUUAUUGAAGGAUCUUCUUGUCCUUGGCUUCAGGGAUGACCAUAGGAAGCUAAUAUAAGUAACUGGUCCUAGAUUUCUUAAGCUAAUUGAAAUAUACUCAGAGUCCUGCAGUGAUUUCAUGCUCUUUAUUGCAGCUUGUUAAACAGUGAUUGAAUUUCCCCCCAAACCUCAGGCCUUUAUAUACAUUAUUUACACAAUGAGUCUCAUCUAAUUGGCUGAUUCUGCUUCCCUCCUGGAGCCUGAUUGGUCUUCUCCUGCAAGCCAAUCAGUUGUUGCAUUCUAGGAUCCUACCUGCCUAUUGUUCUAGAAUCCAAGCUUAGUACAUAACACUAAUGUUAAUAAUUUGAAUUUUGCAAAACUCUAUAAGAGAAGCUACUCACUAUUUUAAGAUUUCGGUUGAAGCAACAUGUAUAAUUGCAUUUUUCGGGGGGGGGAAUGAUUUGUUUAUCAUUGCCCUUCUUUGCCUUUUUGUGAUUUAAAAAAAUGAAUUUGGAAGAACAGCUCAGGCAACAAGAUACAUAACUUUCACAAUGCAGGAAAAAGGAAGCACACUUUCAUUUUGUUUAAGUACUACUUUUUUCUAUCUCUUCAAAUGUGGAACGCUUAAAUCAAAUGUUAUUAGGAAGCAUGCUACUUCUCUCAUUAAAUAAUAAAAAGGUAAACUACUCUAUUAUAUGCAGUUUUAGGAACUUAGAAUAUAAUUUUAUAUAGAAGAAUCAAUGAUCUUAAUGAGUAAAGCUUCAGUACCCAUUGAAACAACCAUCAUUUUCUUCUAUUAAUCCAGGUCAGAUUGAUUCAUUAUUUUCAGCUUGUGCUUUGCACCCUUGCAAUGAGCUUACUUCAUUUGAAAGACUACAUUAUCCUGAACAUCAGCUGCAGUUAUGAAAUGAGAUUAGUUGAGUGGAUUAAAAAGAUGAAACAGUAACCUUAAUAAUUUUGCCUGCUGCUGUACUGCUGAAAUGAAGCAACAUAGUUGUGAGUCGGCAUAACUCUACUGAUGUUUCAUGAAUAAAAACCAUGUUCCUUCAUGCCUUUUCAGAUGUUUACAUCAACACAGUGGGGUGGAACUUUGUUCUCCCCUUAUAAUUCAUAAACACAAGGCUGAUGUUUUGUGCAAAGUGACUUUUGUAGCUUCACUCAAGCCAAACAAGUCACUUCAACUUGACACACUCAAUUCAGUGAAUUCUCCCAUUUCCCUGUCAAGAAUUAGAACAAGUUUUGAUGUCCGUGUUAAAUAUCUGGAUAUUUGUCCUCUUGCAACUGAAGAAGACCACUGGUUCCAAUAAGCCAUUUAAUUGGUUGGCUCCAGAGGCGAUUUGCACAAGCAGAAACGUUGGCUUGCCCAAGAGGUGUGUGUAUGUCGUUUCCUCACUCUGUCAGCAGCCCACUGUGCCACAUCCCACACUGUCAGGAUUGACUUUUCGGAAGGCUCUGGCAACUGCAGUUCAGAGGACGGAGUGGGAAAGCCCUGUUCCUUGAACAUAACAUCAUUCACGGUUCUCUGUAUCCAGCCCAUUAAGUAUCACUAACUUUACAAUACACAUACAUUUGUAAAUGCCAGGAUCUGUUUCAGAACAUGUUUCUUCUAAUUUAGAUAUUCAUAGAUGCCAUCAAUUGCCUUGAAGUAAGAGAGCUAUCCAUUAUAUGCCCACAUUGUAUGCUUCAGUCACAGGGAUUAUUUUACCCUCUGUUCUUGAGGAAAUUAUUGCUGCGGUUCAUGUAUGUCUUGACCUAGGAUCUGUGAGCUGUCAGAAAGCAGUAGAAGUAAAUCUAACUCAAGGAGACACCUAAUUGAAAGUCAAAAAUAACAAUAACAUUGUGAAUACUUUACUAGAGAUAGGAUAGUUUCCACCAGUAGGAGCUAGGGACUUUCUUGAAACAGAAACGUAAAGAUUUGUGCCCAGUCCUGUGCAUGGGACUUACUUCAUAGCAUAUGUACAUAGGAUUGUGGCCUUGCUUAUUGCUGGAUAGGAGUAGUGGUUUCUCUUCUAACAUUGAUUUCUAUGUGUUUUGCCAAGGCCUUUAGGGGUACACCCUGGGCAAAAGCAAGUAAGCAUGUGCUACGAUAUACCACCCUCUUUCAAGGAAAAUAUUCUAAAUUGGGCGGGCAGGUGAUUCGUAGUGGAUCUUGUGAUUUGGGAAGCACUAUGGGAGCUUGUAUGAGUCCUUGUUGAACCAAGAACCCAGCAUGUAGUAAACUUGGUUGUGGAGGAUCUAUCUAUCUACCUAUCAAUCAUCUUCCAGCUUGUGCCUCUGAUAUCAUUGUGUUGGCAUUCACUAAGAAGUAAGUAGUUUCCUUAGCUCAAAGAAAUAUAGAAGGGGGCAGGAAGGCCUGAAUAAUAUAGAACAGUGCCUUGUGGCAGUCAGAUUAUUUGUUCAUCUAGUCCAGAAUCAUCUGCUCUGACUGGUGGUGUCUCUGGUACAUGAUCCUUCUAGCUGGAGGUGGCAGGGAUUGAACCUAGGAACUUCUGACAAGAAAGCAAGUACUAUACUAUCACUGAGCUAUAAGCUCUCCAUAGGAAUAAGUCAAAUGAGGUAGCUGGGCUUGAGAACACACUUCAACCCCCGGGAGAAGAAUGAGUUGUAUACAUCAGCCAUCCUUCUCAGAGUAGACUUAUUAAAAUUAAUAUAUGUGACUAACUUAGGUUCAUUACUUUCAGUGGGUCCACUCUGAGUUAGUGGCAUACAACCCCGUUUGUUUGGAGAGGUAUAUCCUGCUGUUGAGUGUAUGUGGUAUAAGAAGCUCUGCUAAUGGGUUGCUUUUUUAGGGUGCUGAUCUUGUCUGUCUUAUGUAUUGAACAGGGAUGUUUGUGUUGUUGCUGUUGUUGUUGUUGUUGCUGUUGUUGUUGUUUUGUUGUUUAGUCGUGUCCGACUCUUCAUGACGCCAUGGACCAGAGCACGCCAGGCACUCCUGUCUUCCACUGACUCCCGCAGUUUGGUCAAACUCAUGCUGGUAGCUUCAAGAACACUGUCCAACCAUCUUGUCCUCUGUCGCUCCUUCUCCUUGUGCCCUCCAUCUUUCCCAACAUCAGGGUCUUUUCCAGGGAGUCUUCUCUUCUCAUGAGGUGGCCAAAGUAUUGGAGCCUCAGCUUCAGGAUCUGUCCUUCCAGUGAGCAUCCACGACUGAUUUCCUUCAGAAUGGGAUGUAGGAGUGCAAAUAUCCAGAGAUGCAGUGAUCAGGUGGGAUUACUAUGAGGAAUUAUAACAGAUAUAGAGUAAGCCAUCUGUGUCAGCAAUGAAAGCAUUGCGUUGACUGGGUUUAAACUAUUUUGAUAUGAUUCUUGAUAACAAUCCCACCUGAUCACUACAUCUCUGGAUAUUUGCACUCCUACAAUGGAUAGGUUUGAUCUUCUUGCAGUCCAUGGGACUCUCAAGAGUCUUCUCCAGCACCAUAAUUCAAAAGCAUCAAUUCUUCGGCGAUCAGCCUUCUUUAUGGCCCAGCUCUCACUUCCAUACAUCACUACUGGGAAAACCAUAGCUUUAACUAUACGGACCUUUGUUGGCAAGGUGAUGUCUCUGCUUUUUAAGAUGCUGUCUAGGUUUGCUGUCUAGGUUUAAGAUGCUGUCUAGGUUGUUGCUAUUUUGCUUAAUUACUGUAGCUUUUGUUUUACCCACCUGUACUGAACAAUGCAUGUUGAAAAUAUUUUGCUUUCCCAGAAUAGUAUCUUUCGGUUCCAUCGGUUCCAUUUAGCUGGUAACUAGAUAUUUGCAGCCCACCCCCACCCCGGUUUUUAAGCCUCAUGCACACAUCAUCCAUUUUUAAUUUGUGGCUAUGGAUUGUAACUGAUGAACUUCUGCCUUGGCACCUUUCCCUCUGGCUCCCCAAGAAUAUGCAAGAUUGGUGUAAAGGUUGUGUUGCUGGUGCAAUGCCAUAAUUCAUGGGAUUGAUCUAGGCCUAGGACUUUAACCUUGCAUAGUGAUUAAGCUAGAACCCUGCAUCAGGAUGAGGCUCCAGAUCCAACAUGUUCUGUCUCUUCUUAGUUCACUAAAGUUGUAGAUGAUGGUGCAACUUGCCUCAGACUCCGUUUUUUAUAUUUAUUGAGGAAAUGAUUAUUGGGUGGGGGAAGAGCUGGACAGCAUGUUUUGGAGUCUACUUUAGUGAUACUCAUUUCACUUCAUUUGUUUAUAGAAAACAGAUGAAAACGUGGAGGUAAUACUGCUGGGUAACAAGUGUGAUAAGGAGACCGAACGUGUCAUUCCAAAAAACAGAGGGAAAAAGGUAAGGCAUUUAUCACAUUGUUUCACCUCUUCUUCUUUUUUAAACAAAAUACAUAAUAUAAACCAGGGGUUGUCAACCUGGUCCCUACCACCAAUUAGUGGGCGUUUCAGGAUUCUAGGUGGGCAGUAGUGGGUUCUACGGUACAAGCUGAACCCUCCUUCCAUCGAGCACUGGUGGGCAGUAAGGAAAUUUUACCAUCAAGAAAGAUGCAUUAGUGGGCGGUAGGUAUAAAAAGGUUGACUACCCCUGAUAUAAACAUAUAAAAUACAAUAUCUGUAUGAAGGGCAGAUUUUUCAAGUGGUAUCUCAAUAUAAGAGUUCCCUUUUAAGAAGAAUGCAUUAUUUGCAUAUUUUGCAUCAGUCUCUUGCAUCUGGAAUACGCAAAUAUUACAGUUUUUACUUGAUCUAUACAAGUAAAUACAGGCCUCCUACAGAAGGUGAGCAAACUGCAUGUUUUUUUGGAACCAUUUGUGGUUAGUCAACUAAAAGCUAUCGUGAUGAAUAUUCAACCAGGGGGCAGUGUUGGCGUAUCACAUUUUCUGGCUUCUAAAUAGUCCAAUGCCUUUUUCAAUUGUAUGGUUAACAGAGUAACUUUGUGUUAAUGGAACAAUCCAUUACCAUUUCUCAUUCCUUUCUAGAUUUUGUUUGAAUUGCUCUUCCAUUCCUUUGUCACAAUAUAGGAAAUAAUUCUGAUUUCUCUCCAUUUGGUGAAAUUUUCCUAGGGAGCAGAACAACCAAUAUUACCUGCUUUCAUCAAGUAGUAUCAUGUAGUAUUUGAAUCAUAGAAUCAUAGAGUUGGAAGAGACCACAAGGGCCAUCAAGUCCAACCCCCUGCCAAGCAGGAAACACCAUCAGAGCAUUCCUGACAUAUGGUUGUCAAGCCUCCGCUUAAAGACCUCCAAAGAAGGAGACUCCACCACACUCCUUGGCAGCAAAUUCCACUGUCGAACAGCUCUUACUGUCAGGAAGUUCUUCGUAAUGUUUAGGUGGAAUCUUUUUUCUUGUAGUUUGGAUCCAUUGCUCCGUGUCCGCUUCUCUGGAGCAGCAGAAAACAACCUUUCUCCCUCCUCUAUGUGACAUCCUUUUAUAUAUUUGAACAUGGCUAUCAUAUCACCCCUUAACCUCCUCUUCUUCAGGCUAAACAUGCCCAGCUCCCUUAGCCGUUCCUCAUAAGGCAUCGUUUCCAGGCCUUUGACCAUUUUGGUUGCCCUCCUCUGGACACGUUUUAUUUGCUUUGCUAAUAAAUUAGUAGCAUUUUGUCAUAUAUAACUGUAAACAUUGAGCAAGCUCACUAUUAUCCUUAGAGCAGGGGUUUUCAACCAGUGUGCCAUGGCAACACUGGCCUCUGUCCCUCUUUCCUUCCCUCCCUCCUCUAAUGCUCUCUUGUGUCUCUGCCUCCCAAAGGCUUGCACAGCUCUUUGUUGCAGCAGCCCUGGCUACAAGCUCCCCAGACAAAUGGCACCUCUGGGGCUGGCCAAGGGGUGCUGGUUGCCAGGAGCUAAGGCAGCCUUGGAGUAAGCAAUCAAGUGGGCGAGGGAGCCAGCUAGCCAGUCCACCAGCCCUUGCUGUUGGAAAUGGACAGACAAGUGGGGUGGCUGAAGAGGCAGGCAGGUGCUGCGCUGGCCUUGCUGUGCCUGCUGUGUGCAAGGCCUGCCUGGGAGUUGAGUGUCUGGUGCUGAAGAGGAGCCAUUCUGCCAUGCAAGCCUGGCAGUGCCCGCUGCUGCCAUUGCUGCCUCCCAAGGUGAGUAAGGUGCUGGCCUCAUGUUCACCUUUGGCCAGUCUCCAUCGGGCCACUAAGGCUGAGGGCAUCCUCUUCCCAGGCCCCUGUGGGGCAGUGUGAGGAGGCACUUCUCUUUGGGGCAGCUUAGCCCUACAGCAUCAGGUGUCUCCAGACCAUUCAGAAGGCCUGACUGUAAUCCUAUGCACCAUUUUAACCAAGAUGUAAGGCAGUGGUUUUCAACCAAUGUGCUGUGGCACCCUGGGAUGCCUUGAAUGAUGGUCAGGGGUGCCGUGGGCAACACUGGCCUCUGUCCCUCUUUCCUUCCCUCCCUCCUCUGAUGCCCUCUUGUGUCUCUGCCUUCCAAAGGCUUGCACAGCUGUUUAUUGCAGCAGCCCUAGCUACAAGCUCCCCAGGCAAAUGGUGCCUCUGAGAGGCAUCUCUCUUUGGGGUGGGGCAGCUCAGAGACCAGUGAGGGCAGCAGCAGGUGCCUGGAAGACUCCCAAGGAGAGGGGAGAGGAGAGGAGGCUGAGGGAACACUCCACAAGGAAGGAUGUUUGAAAAGGGUGAGGGACUGCCAGCUCUGCAGGCAAGGGGUGACAUAACUGGGCUCCUGAGCCCCACAGGGGUACCGCAGAAAGAAUGUAGUUGGUCAAGGGAGCCGUGAACUCAAAAAGGUUGAAAACCUCUUCCUUAGAGGACUCUAAAGAUAGAAUGUAUGAAAAAUCCUUCAUUGGCCUUUGGGAGUGCACAAAUGAACUUUAGUCUUGUCCUGAGCAGUGUGAUUUAAGUCAUUAUUGAAAUCACUAAGCAAAUAGAUAAAUUUUAAUUAUUUGAUUUGAAUCAAAUUUCCCAUACUAAUCGGUUGAUCCAAUUACAAAAAAUAUAUAAUUGCUCAGAUCCUAAGAUAACUUAUCCUAAGAUAAGUUAAGGAAGCUCACAGAGGGGGAAAUCUUUCUAUCUCCACCCACGUGUAGCUCCCUCCCUUUCCACCGUGCCUGCCCACAUGGCACCUGCAAAAAGUAUUGGUAAAUAUUCCCACCGUGUUCAGUGGAAUGUGGACAUGUUCAAUGUAGGAGAGGCUGAGCCAGUGCAAACAGGAUCUGAGCAGGAAUGCAAAGUCUCUCGUGUAUUGUGAUUUUUGGAGGGAAUAUUUACUAAGACUAGGGCACCCGGUUGGAGAUCCCUGCCUUUUGUCUUUAACUUCCCUUUUUGGAACAGUGUUGAAUGUGAACUAAACCAAGAUUGAAACACAUUUCUUUUGAAAAAUCAUCAUAUAAGCUCUAAGUACAGGUUCUAAGAGAACCUUACACAUUCCCUUAAUUAAAAUUAUGAGAUGUUCUGACAUAUGUUGUGUGGGUGGUAGAAAUACUAAAGGCUAGACAAAUGUGCUAUUUUUCAGUCAGAAACGCCUAGGCAACAUUUUCCAGCUUUAAAACUCAUGCCUUUAUGUAGUUAUCCAUUUCAAUUUAUGUCCUGCCUGUUUUCUGUUUGUAUUGUUGUUUGUUUGAAUAUGAUAGUUGCAUCUUUAUUAACCUUUAUGUGGCACUUUAUACGGGGAAGCUUUGAAAUCCUGUUUGCCUUUACAGAAACCUUACCAUUUUUAUUACUAUUUGUAACAUCCCACCCCCCUUUUUUUAUAUAGCUGUUUUAUUUAUUUGGACCAUUUUGUCCCUGCUCUUCAGCUCCAAAUGCUUCUGAAGAGUAGCUGACAGUAAAAAUAGAAAUAUAUAAAAAACUAGAUACCGUAUUAGGUAAAGGUAAAGGGACCCCUGACCAUUAGGUCCAGUCAUGACCAACUCUGGGGUUGCGGCGCUCAUCUCGCUUUAUUGGCCGAGGGAGCUGGCGUACAGCUUCCGGGUCAUGUGGCCAGCAUGGCUAAGCUGCUUCUGGCGAACCAGAGCAGCACACGGAAACGCCGUUUACCUUCCCGCCAGAGCGGUACCUAUUUAUCUACUUGCACUUUGACAUGCUUUCGAACUGCUAGGCUGGCAGGAGCUGGGACUGAGCAACGGGAGCUCACCCCAUCGCGGGGAUUUAAACCGCCAACCUUCUGAUCAGCAAGUCCAAGGCUCUGUGGUUUAACCCACAGCGCCACCCGUGUACAGUAUAGAACAUUAAAAGGAGCAGAACAUUAAAAUAGGAGUUUCAUACUUUCUUAGCUCUGGUUUUAUUCUGUAUUUUAAAAGGUAUUAAGCCAAACAUCUAAAUAAAUACAAUUUAUUUCCUUGGCACUGGAAGGGGAUGGCACCAACAGGUGAGCCUCUCUGGGGGAGAGUGUUCUAAUGAUGGAGUGCUACACCAAAAAGUGUUGGAUAUCCUCAUCCUUCUCUCUUCUUCAAAUACAGAUGACCCUCAGAGAAUAGCCUCAGAAAAGGAUCUGGGCUUGUAUUCAGUGAAGUCGACCCAUUUAUGCAAGGACUUCUGCUUGCACAAUGGAAUCUGUCCUUCUGCUCUCCUCUUCCUGAGCUGGCCCCACCCCCCAUCACCACCACAAAAAAGUCCGCUCUGGAUGGAUAAGGGAACCCCCAGAACAGGUUGGUGGAGCACGGCAGGAGGAAAAGAAUUAUAAGUUGCAUUGCACAAGUGGAAGUCCUUGCAGAAAUGGGACCACUUUGUUGGGUACAACCCCGUGUGCUUUCAGGUGUUUACUGAGAUAAACAAAUAAUGGUCUUCAUAUUAGUGCUUUGCUGUGUUUUCAAUUAGAUUAUUCAGUUUUAAAAUGUUUAAUUGACUUAAAGGGUGCCCAUGCUUAUUCAGGCAGCAAUUAUUUGUUUAAAAGUUUCUUUCAACUACUACUGCUGCUGCUGCUACUUAUUACUAUUAUUAUUAAAUCAUGUUAUAGCCUGUCCUUCUUCCCAAAGGACCCCGGGGGGCUUUCUUACCAUAUGACCACUGUUUCUAGAUUGGGAGCACCAUUUUAACAGGCACUUCAUGCCCCCUUUCCUUGGUUUAGGAAGGAAUGCCUUUAACUGAGCAGUGGGGGACCUUCUUUCCACAAAGAACUGCAUUUCCUCAAGGGUAAUGUUUGAGCUUGGGUGGGUCCAGAAUCACACCCUGCAACCUUCAUUCUCUGAAGAUCACCACACACACAUGCACACUCACACACACAUACACACCUCUUUCCCCCCCCAACAAACAUGCUCCUUGACUAUGGCCCAUCAAAAGCCGCCAACUCAAGGCAUCCUAAGUUCUAGCACAAAGGGGGGGGGCAAGGAAGCUGGUUUAUUUGGAGCGACCCCAAAGUCCCUUGAGCAGCUUAAAGCAGCACCUCCCCAUCUUUUCCUCUCACGUUUCCCAACAGAAGGGCAGGGGAGUAGCUGCUUCAUUGCUUUUGGAGAACCAGCUCCACACAAAACAAGCUUCCCUCACUCUUCAGCUUCCAUUUAUUUGCCAGUUAACUGACAAAAAAUAAAAACACUUGCAAUUCUUAUUAUUUUUAAUUAACCAGGUUGAAGACCUAUGUGAGAUUUUUCAGGGACACAUCUUUAUAAGCCUCUUUUUUACCGCAAGAACACACAUUUUUCACCUCAGAUUUUCAUGCUAACCGUCCCAAAAUUUUGGUAGUUAGGAUUCAAGCCUUUGUUUUGGAUGGGAUUCUAAAAAUCUUCCUAAUGUGAUUCAUUAAAUUAUUUAUUUCCCCAUGGCUUACUUCUAUUGGCACGAAUAAUUCAAUCCUUUUCAUUUGUUCCUGUAAUCAACUAUAGAAACCAGUAAUUACAGGUGCUCAAAAUAGCUAUAAAUUGUAUGCCUCCCUCCCUCCCCCACUAGCCUAGAAGAAAGACAUUUUCUAGGGAGCUACACUCAUUUCAGGAGAAAUUAUUAGAUUUGCUAUUCAAAAAGGCAUGCAUGCCCUUUUCUUUCUCAAUUUAUUUGACCUUUCUUUUCUCCUUUGUAAGAUCUCCAUGGGGAUCAUAAGGCCAAACAUGUUUGAAAAGCAUGUCUGAGAAAUGUCACUGCAAAAAUGUUUUUAAAGCUUUGUAGAGUCCAUACAUUGGUGAUAUUUUACGUUUGAAACAAGUAUAACCUAAGAUUAGAAUGAAAUUAUUGUUGUAUAGUAGAAAUAUGUUGUUGUUGUUGUUGUCAUGGUCAUCAUCGUUGAUUUAUUGCCUUCUAAACGACUGUCUCAAGGCAAUUCACACAUUAAAACAGUUGAAAACCCCAAAACAACAAAUACAUUUAAAACAAGACUGAAAGCAUAACAAUGUAGACACUUGUGGUUAAGACCCAUUUAUGUUGUGUUGAGGGGAAUAAAUAAAUGGGGAGUGGGGGAACCCACUGUUUCCCAUUCUCCAUUUAUUUAUUUACUUUCUCCACCUGUACACCUAACAGAUUUUCCACACGUACCAACCUUUGUGAAGGUAGCAUGAAGACUCUGACAGCAUCCCAGAGCCGAGAGUGUCUGCUGUCUGUGCAGUCUUUGAGAAUGACAAUGCAUGGGUCAUAUUGGUUUGAACCCAGCUAAAUAAGGAGACUUACUGUAGGUUAAAUCUUGCUGUAGGUUAUUAUUAUCCAAUAAUAAUGGGGGGGAGCAGAGGGGAGAGAGAAUAGAUGAUGUCUAUGGAUAUACGUAAAAGCAAACCCCCAUUUAGGUGGGCUUAUGUUCCGAGGCACCAUGCAUAUAUUUGAGAUACAACUGAAAACCCCCACCAUAUCCCUUUUUGUGACAUUUUUUAUUCACCUCUGGGUUCGGCGCAAUGCGCAUGUGCAUAGUCAUGCACAUAUUGAACACGGUUAAUGGGGGGGGUUCCUGUAUAUUCAUUCCCAACCCUAAACAGACUGUGAAAUGAGGUCUGUUGAUUUCAUUCUGUGACAGAGUUUGUAACAGGGAUGGUGCAAGCCUCUUUUCAAAUUGAGUUUGCUAUGAAUUGCACUUUCCAGGCAUUAGUAGUGUUUGAAUUCAGACUCAUGUUCCUUUUUUCCCCCAGCUUGCUUGGGAAUAUGGAAUACCCUUUUUUGAGACCAGUGCUAAGGACAAUAUUAACAUUGAAGAUGCCUUUUUAGUGCUAGCUAAAGAAAUAUUGAACAAGGUAAGCUCACUGCAACAACUUUUUUUUUCUUAGACCGAAUCUUGUAAAUUAGAUGGCCCAGAAAUACAAAUUCAUUCCUGCUCUGUGAAUAUAUUUAGCUUACUAAUUGUUGUCUUUACCUUAACAAACAAUGAUGUUUUGAAGAAAGAAAAUACAUGUGAUAGAAAGGGAAAGUUUAAACAUACGGAUCUACUGACUAUGUACCUCCAUCCACCUACUAACCUAUAAGUUUGGGAUCAGAAAUCUCCAGAUGUUGUUGGCUAGGAUCUGGCUCCUGUAGAGACAGACUGGGGCCUUCUUAAAGGGAUAGACACAGAGGCCAUUCUGCCUGAGGAUCCUCACUUUAAGGUUUCUGAUCAUGUUAACUCAGUCUACAGUCUCAUCCAGUCCAAAAACAAUGACCACUUCAGACCCAUCCAAUCUCCCCAAUAGUUUACCUAAAAUCUACUUUCCACCCUACCCACCAUGAUACACCAGUUCCUCUGUCCACAAAUCUAUGGUGUGACCACAUUUGGAAUACGAUGUACAGUUCUGGUCUCCUCACCUCAAAAAGGGUACUCCACAUAAAAAAUAAAUUAUAAUAUGAAACAGCAACAUAUCUGCUACCACCUGGGACUGAUGAAGAGCUAUUGGAGCUUUCGAGCUUAAAUUGUCCAGAGGCAACCGUUGGGGAGGAAGAUUGGCUUGCUGGAGAAAGAGCAGAGGAUUAGGGGACAACCAAGUCUUUGGUCUUCUAUAGCCUCUUCCCCUACCAACAGUGAAGGAUAGGGGGCUUUGCCAAGAGGUUUUCCCUGCUAUUCCAGUCAUCUAGUGAGAAGAUGUAUAACAAGUGCACUCGAGGUAACCCUAGGGGGUUGUAAGAAGCGGCUGGCAAGAGGCCCACUGGAUCUGUUGCUCCCCAAGCUACUGUCAUGAGUGUCAUGAGGCUCAGAAACUGAAGAGACCCUGUCACCAACUCAUUAAGUGUAGAGAGACCUUGGCGAGUGGACACCACCAAAGAGCAAGGCAAGCCAGAAGUCAUUCUGAUGGACUUGCGAAACCUACUCUCCAAGCUGAAAACACAACUGAAUUCCACUGUGGUCAGCAUUCAUCCCAUGUUUGUCAUAUAGCAGGAAUGCAGAGCCUGUGGUCUCCAUAUGUUGUUGGACUGCAGCUCCCAUCAUCCCUGAUCACUGGCCACGCAAGUUAGGGCUGAUGGGAGCUGACGUUUAAGGAAAGAAGCCAGGAUCAGAAAUCAUACUUUGAAGUUGACUUGUUUCCCUAAACUACAGUUUGUCUGAGCUCAGAUGUAGCAAUAAACCCAUUAGUUUAAAUUGGAAGUGAAAGCUCCUAUUUUUUUUGUCAGGAGGGGAUGGAGAGCUGAUGAGCCCAAGCUUUGUUCAUGUAACACUAAACUAUAAGUUAGCAUUAUGCCCAAAGGUGGCCAUAGUGUCCACAAAAGCUGGCCGUUCUUUGUGUCUCAUGGAAAACACUGUUAAUUUGAAAGUGUGGCUUCUGUUGUUAGGAAGAGCUGAACUACCUUGAAUGGGUAUGUUUUUAUACGGGAAAUUGAAAAUAAAUGAAAAACGGAGUAACUGAACUAUGCAUUUCUAUGACUUUCAGGAAUACUGUCCACCCCCGUCCUAAGUAUACGUUUAAGAAAUUUGUGUCAUGCACAUUCUCUUACAUAAUAUGUGUUUUGACAGCAUCUAGAAUCCUGAAUUGGCUUCAGCAUCUGGGAAAGAUACUGAGCUGUCUGACUCAUCUCACAUACUUUCGCAUUGUCAGGAGACUGAGUCUUGUUGUUCUGACAUUGAAGUGCUAUUGGUGAAUUAAAUUCCUUAACCUUAGCGUAAUGCAUUUUGAUAUUGUUUCUAUUUUUAAAAAAGAAAGACUACAGUGAGAGAAAUCUAGGAAUUCCAGAUUGCAGUCAAUUCCGAACAGACAGCACUACUUCAUACAGUAUAUAAUUUGUGUAUGAAUUCACUGAUGCACAAUGCAGUGAUGGUCACUAGCUUAGAAGUCUUCAAAGGGGGAUUAGGCAAAAUCAUGGAUGAUAAGUCUAUCAGUGGCUGCUAGCCAUAAUUGCUAUAUGAAAUCUUCAUGUUCAGAGACAGCAUGCCACUCAGCAUUAGUUCCUGGGAAACAAAUAGCAAGAGAACCAGAUUGUCUUCAAGUUCUGCCCAAAGGCAUUUGCCUAGUCAUAUAGGGAACAGCAUGCUGAUCCAACAGGCUUUUAGUCUUGAGGGUAGCACUGGACUGCAGCACGUGGACAACAGUCAUCAGGCUAUCCUGAUCCACAGCCUUUCAGGGUUGCUGUAAAGAUGUAAUUAUGUGCUUAUCCACUGCUAAAGAAGGUAGCUGAGCUCUGGUCAACCACACGUAUACCAGGAAGUCAGAAUAGCCCAAGCCCCACUGGCCAUGAACACGGAUGGACUAGCACAGGCCUGCCUGAACUGGCAGGAACCUUGUUUGUUUUUUUUACAACCAGUAGAGCAUGAGACUUUUAAUCCCAGGGCUGUGAGUUUGAGCCCACAUUGGGCAAAAGAUUCCUGCAUUGCACAAGAUGACCCUUGUGAUCCCAUCCAACUCUACAAUUCUGUGAUUCUAUGAAUGGCCACUCUACUAUGGAAUGCUGCUUUUAAAGUCAUAUUUAUUAAUGAUUAUUAAUGUUAUUCAUAACUGUUUCAAUUAGUAUACUCCUUAUUAUCGCAAAGGUAUUUGUAAUGCUAACUUUGUUCACACUGGAUUAAAUUCUGAUAUUCUUUUCCCUCAGAAUUCCUGUGCAUCCCUUGACUUAGAUGUAGUGGACCUAUAUGAAAAAACACGAAAGAGAAGUUGCUGCAAGCUGUGAUGAGCAGUUUUGUAUUCUUUCUGAUCACGUUAUCUAUUUUGUACAUACCAACACUUGAACUUUAAUAUUUUGUUCUCCCUUCAAUGAUAUACAAAAUACCCAAUUGUUACUGGUAUUGACAAAGCAACAGCACUGCCUGUCCACUAACAUUUUAUUUAACUGCCUGUUACAAAUGUUCAAAAUAAACAAAACUAUUAUUUGCACAGGAGGACUGUAAAGUAUUAUGCAAAUACAAGCAUAAGAAGUAUCUUUGUGAAAGUGUUGGUUGUUUAUACAGGAAAUUUAUGAAGUAGAAAGGUGGACGCAGUGGGGUGAAACUCAGCUGAAAAGAUCUAGUUACAGGUAGGUAGCCAUGUUGGUCUGCUGUUGUCGAAACAAAAUUUUAAAAAUCCUUCCAGCAGCACCUUAGAGACCAACUAAGUUUUUUCUUGGUAUGAGC